AUGCUUCGGGCUUGCCAAGCGCUCCGUGCCCCAGCCAGCCCCUCCGCGGGCAGCUGGCAGCCCCUGCGCUUCGAUGGCGGGGCCUUUCAUCUCAAGGGCACAGGGGAGCUGGCACGGGCUCUGCUGGUGCUGCGGCUGUGUGCCUGGCCCCCUCUGGUCACCCACGGGCUUGCACUUCAGGCCUGGUCUCAGCACCUCCUGGGUUCCUGGCUCUCAGGCAAGCUUCUCCGAGCAUCCUUCUAUGGGCAGUUCGUGGCCGGGGAGACGGCAGACGAGGUGAGGGAUUGUGUCCGGCGGCUCCGGGCUCUGGGCCUCCAGCCCCUGCUAGCAGUCCCUACUGAGGAGGAGCCAGACUCAGUUGCAAAGACUGGUGAGGACUGGUACGAGGGGAACCUCAGUACCAUGCUGCGCUGCGUGGAGCUGCAGCGGAGCCUCGCUGAGCCCCCAGGCCUGGCUGGGAACAACCUCAUGCAGCUGAAGGUGACGGCGCUGGCCAGCACCCGGCUCUGUAAGGAGCUGACCUCACAGCUCGCGAGGCCAGGGGCCUCCUCGGAGCUGAGUCCCGAGAGGUUGGCGGAUGUCAUGGACUCUGGGCAGAACCCUCAGAUCUCCUGCCUCAACGCCGAACAGAACCUGCACCUGCAGGCCUCCCUGAGCCGCUUGCACCGGGUGGCGGAGCGUGCCUGGGAGCAGCGCGUGCGCCUCCUGGUGGACGCCGAGUACAGCUCCAUCAACCACGCGCUCUCUCUGCUGGUGGCCGCGCUGGCUGUGCGCUGGAACCGGCCCGGGGAAGGCGGCCCCUGGGUGUGGAACACGUACCAGGCCUAUCUGAAGGACACACAUGAGCGGCUUGGGCGGGACGCCGAGGCUGCACACAAGGCCGGUCUGGCCUUCGGAGUGAAGUUGGUCCGAGGGGCCUACCUGGACAAGGAGAGAGCGCUGGCCCGGCUCCAGGGGACGGAAGAUCCCACACAGGCCGACUACGAGGCCACCAGCAGGAGUUACAGCCGCUGCCUGGAGCUGAUGCUGACCCAUGUGACCCACCGGGGCCCCCUAUGCCAACUCAUGGUGGCUUCCCACAAUGAGGAAUCUGUUGGCCAGGCAACCAAGCGCAUGUGGGAGCUGGGCAUUCCUCAGGACGGGCCUGUCUGCUUCGGACAACUUCUGGGCAUGUGUGACCACGUCUCCCUGGCCCUGGGACAGGCCGGCUAUGCCGUAUACAAGUCCAUCCCCUACGGCUCCCUGGAGGAAGUGAUCCCCUACCUGAUCCGGAGAGCCCAGGAGAACCGCAGUGUGCUUCAGGGCGCUCGCAGGGAGCAAGUACUUCUCCGCCAGGAGCUCUGGCGGAGGCUGCUGGGAGGAGGCCCGAGGGCCACCCAGUAG